UUAUAUAAGGCUUGGGCACACAUCUAUAGCAUAACAACCAGCAAAAAACAUUGAUUGCUAAUUGGAUUUGGAUGGUGUGAGUUGAAGCAAGUGUUGAGGAAUGGCCAACAUGCAAAUUGUCCCAGCUUACAAGAAUAUUGUGGAGCCACAGUAUGUUGAAAUGAUGGUUCCAUUGUAUUCUUAUGGAUGCGAGAAGAAAAUCAAGAAAACCUUAUCCAAUCUUAAAGGAAUAUACUCUGUAAAUGUGGAUUACUAUCAACAAAAGGUAACUGUAUGGGGGAUUUGCAACAAAUAUGAUGUGCUAGAAACCGUGAGAAGCAAGAGAAAACAGGCUCGAUUUUGGAACCAAGAAGACAAUGUUGUAUUAGAGACAUCACACUCACAAUCACAAUCACCCUCAUGUUCACCACCACCCUUUCCUCAUAGAGAUUUUAAGCCUUCUUUAGCUUUAACUAAGGUUCGGUCGCUAAGUAUGAAAGCAUGGAAGAAAGUCUUCGCUAGAUCAUUUUCUUUCUAGUAAGAACAAGUCAUCAGAUCAAGAGAGGAAUAAAAAAUGAGUGUAAAUUUUGGAAUGAAAUUAUGAAAAUGCUCCAUAUAAGUCUCACUUGUAUUGUACA